UUGAAGGCAAAUCGGGAACAUGUGGAGGAUGAAGCUGGACUCUCCGCGCAAAUUGGUCAAUACCAAUCUGAAAUCGAGACUCUAAGGAGAGCUAGGAAUAGAGCUGAGGGCUUUGAACGUGGGCUCCUGACUUCAAUCUUGCGUUGCUGGAAACGCAUUAAGGAUACACGGGACGAACAAGGCUUCAUCAGCACAACUGUUGGCCUGAAGAUAAUCAAGGAGAAUAUUGACGCUGCCGCAGAUGACUUUGCAUGGAAGAAGGAGAUAGCAGAACUGACUGAGGAGGCACGUAAAAAGCAUGAACUGGGACGAAGACGACUGCUGGCAGAAUAUGAGACUGCGCUGGCCAGAUACCAGGCAACUCUUCGCGAGGAGGUAAAUUAUUCACAUUCAAAAUCAGUGUACGCCUAA